AUGCGAGUACGCGUCAAUGUUCACCAAAUGGAAAAAUUACCCUACCUAGAGUUCUGCUACGGGAAUGGCUCGUGUGUGAGGACGGUCUACCCUGUUGCUUUCCGUGCCGUCCUCUACUUAGGCCUGGGGUCUGCGGUGAUCCUCACAGUCCUGGGUAACCUCUUCGUGAUUGUGGCGAUCGCUCACUUCAAGCAACUCCACACACCUCCCAACUACCUGACCCUCUCCCUGGCCGUAACCGACCUCCUCCUGGGGGUUCUUGUCAUGUUCCCUAGCAUGAUUCAGUCCAUUGAAACCUGCUGGUACUUUGGGGACAUGUUAUGCAAGCUCUUCAACAGCUCAGACAUCUUGCUGUGUACUGCUUCUAUAUUGAACCUGUCCUUUAUAUCCAUCGACCGCUAUUAUGCCGUGUGCCACCCUAUGCUCUACCCCCGUAAGAUAACGGUUCACACGGCAGUCAUCAUGAUCCUGGUCACAUGGUGUGUCUCGUCUGUAGUCGGCUUUGGGAUGAUCUUCCUCAAGCUGAAUAUUUUGGGAAUGGAGGAGUUCUACUAUAACAACGUGGCUUGUGAAGGAGGGUGUGUUAUGUUGACGACUGGGGUGGCCAGCACGGUCUCAUCUAUGCUCUCCUUCUACAUCCCCGGGAUCAUAAUGCUGGCCAUCUACCUGAAGAUCUACAUGGUGGCCCAGAGACAAGUGCGCACCAUAGGCCUACAGAACACCAGCUCCUCCAAGGUGGACAAGCACCAGAGGAAAGCCACCAAAACACUGGCCAUCAUCAUGGGCGUGUUUCUGUCCUUCUGGUUGCCGUUUUUCCUCUGUUACAUAAUCGACCCCAUCAUCGGCUACUCUGUACCGCCCGCCGUGUUCAACACACUCGUGUGGCUGGGGUAUCUGAAUUCCACUGUCAACCCGUUGGUGUACGCCUUAUUUUACAGUUGGUUUAGGAAAGCGUUUCAAAUGAUUGUUUCUGGUAGCAUCUUUCGGUCGGACAUGUCGGACACAAAACUGUUUGCAGAGUGA